AUGGAUUUGCACUCAGCAGAAAUUAGCACCGGAGUGGUGGCCAAGGCAGUAACGCCAGCUGAGCCAGUAAUGAUUAAUAGCAAUCUUAAAUGGGAUAGGAUUGAUGCUUCUUAUGCUUCUGAACCAGUGAAGAGAAAAUGGGAAGCAAAACUGAAGCAAAUUGAAGAGCGAGCUUCCCGUUAUGAGAGGAAACCUUUGUCCUCAGUGUAUAGACCAAGGUUAUCCAAACCAGAUGAACCACCUUCUAUUUGGAAACUAUUUCAUCGACAAAAUCAAGCUUUUAAUUUUGUUAAGAGCUGUAAAGAGGAUGUUCAUGUAUUUGCUUUGGAAUACAAAGUGGGAGACGGACAACGUAUUUACCUCGUAACAACUUAUGUUCAACUGUGGUUCUACUAUAAAUCCCGCAAAAAUCUCUUGCACUGCUAUGAAGUCAUUCCAGAAAAUUCGGUGUGCAAGCUUUAUUUUGACUUGGAAUUCAACAAACUUGCCAAUCCAGGAGCUAAUGGGAAAAAGAUGGUUGCAUUACUUAUUAAGCAUGUUUGUAAAGCACUUCAAGAAUUAUACAGUGUUAAAUGUUCAGCCGAAGAUGUUUUCAAUUUGGAUUCUAGUACUGAUGAAAAAUUUAGCCGGCAUUUAAUAUUUCAACUCCGUGAUGUGGCAUUUAAAGAUAAUAUUCAUGUUGGUAAUUUUGUGAAAAAAAUUUUGCAGCCUGCUCUUAAAUUAAUCAACAGUGAAGAUGAUAGUAGGAUUCCAGAGACAACAGGUGUUGGAUCUUCCCAGUUUCCUGAAACACCAAGAAAACAAGGAGCUUCCUCUAACCCAGUGUCCAUGGAAAAGGAUACAAGAGAGAGUGGGACAUUGAAUUCAGAGAAACUGGAGAGACUGGAUUUGGCUGAGCAAAGCAGCCCUGAUCUUUCAUUUUUAGUAGUGAAGACUGACAUAGGAGAAAAGCAUCUUUUUGUCGAUCUAGGUAAGGGAACAUGGCCAACAGUGGUACCAAGAAAUGACAUCUUGAUUCUGGUUGACCUGAAGAAUGAAGUAUGGUAUCAGAAAUGUCAUGACCCUGUAUGUAAAGCAGAAAACUUUAAAUCCAACUGUUUCCCAUUACCUCCUGAUGUGUGUCUCCAGUUGCUUUUCAAAGACGAAGAAGAACUCACAACAGAUGAAACAGUAGAAACAGAGGACAAUGAGGCCAAGAAGCCUCACAGAUCAUCAUCCAAUAAGUUGUCAAAAGGUGUACGUUCCACUUCCAGUGAUGACUGGGAUAAUGGCAUUGAUGAUGCUUAUUUUUUAGAAGCUACUGAAGAUGCUGAAUUGGUUGAAGCGACAGAGACAAGCCUCCUCAGUUACAAUAGUGGAGUGGAUGAAAUUCCAGAUGAACUAAUUUUAGAAGCAUUACAAGAGUAG